CUGUCAGACUAAAUGUGAUUCUUUUCAAUGCGCUACUCCACGUGAGAGCGUUUCGCAAGAAAAUAACAAACAUUUUUAUUGUAAAAAAAAGCUAAAUUAAACAGUUAAAAUGCGUAUUGAAGUGUGUUAUUUUUGCUCCAGUAAGAUCUAUCCUGGACACGGUAUUCAAUUCGUGCGGAACGAUUGUAAGAUUUUCAAAUUCUGUCGAUCAAAAUGCCACAAAGCGUUCAAGAAGCGCAAGAACCCACGUAAGGCUAAAUGGACCAAAGCCUACCGUAAAACAGCUGGCAAAGAACUAACGGUUGAUCCAAGCUUUGAGUUUGAAAAACGUCGCAACGUUCCAAUCAAAUACAGCCGUGAACUAUGGCAGAAGACCGUCGAUGCCAUUGGACGUGUCAGCGAAAUCAAAAACAAACGUACUGGCUUGUACGUCAUGCAAAGGUUACGCAAGGGCCGUGAAAAGGAAAUUGAAAUGGAUGUUAAAGAUGUACAAAAGAAUAUGUCAUUGAUUCGAUCGCCAGCCGCUGGUCUGAAAGAGCGUCAAGCUAAGGAAGCCGCACAACAAGCAGCAAUGAUGGACGAAGACGAUGAUGAAGAAAACAUUACCUAUGUCGAUGCCAAACAGCUCGAACGACAAUUGGCUCAAGGCGCAGCCAUGGAUUCUGACGAUGAAAUGCUGGCCGAAGAGAAUUGAAAGUUUACGUCAUUUUUUUUCUCGUUAGCUUUAGGUUAGUUUUACUUGGCGCAAUUAAGAGAUUAAGGCACACUGUUUGAUUUUCCAAUGAAUUUCCAUCUCAUUUUAUGUUAAUAAAAAUGCAAUGUUGAAUGAACAUAAUGCGGAAAAAAACAA